GGUCGAAGCUUUGCCUUCCGCAGUUCUGCUUUUCGCGGCCGCUGCAGAUGGCGCGAAGCUGUCCUGGCAGCUGCGAGGAGGAUGCAGUCGCUUCAGUUCUGCGGGGCAGAGCCGUCCUCGAAGAUGUCAUGCCCUUCGCAGCCGUCAGGAGCCGGCCGAAGGAGGCUACAUGCCCUUGCUGCUUCUUCACCUGUGUCCCUGUGGGAAUUUGUUCGGCCUGGCUUGGACGAAGAACUGUCCAUCGUGGAAAGCUUUGCUCGGCAGGUCGCUGCGAACUUCAGUCGGCCCUUGGUGAAGUCGUCACAGGAAGGCCUUCACUUGGAUGGCGCUGAAGCGAUCUGCAGAAGCGCUGACUCUGAUGACUUCUCCGAGCAUGCUGGCUACAUCCCCGCGGGCGAAGAUUUGCACAUCGCGGAGAUGACUUUAGAUCAGGCCAAGGAUUUUUGCCGGCGGCUGGAGCUUUGCAAUGGCUUCACGUUGCAGGCGGGCAUCCGGCGCGCAAGCCGCAAGAUGAUGACGGAGAUCCAGCAGUGCCCACCGACGUGCGCCUCGGAUGCAAGGUCAGAAGUCCAGGAUGGGGACUCCGAAGGCUGGCGGUCCUUCCGCCGCGAGCGCCACAAAGUCCGGCAUGGCCCCGAUGCAGUUCCUCCUCAGGCGGCAAACUGCUACAAGGAGGGUGCGGAUUGCCUUCGGAAGUUCCCCGCCAUGUUCUGGCGCAGCCACAUGGCGGUUCUUUUCCUGCACCAGUCCGAUGACUUCGAGGGCGGCUUCUACUUCACCCCGCACUUCAACUCCACGGACCGCGUUUGGGUGAACCCCGCCGUGGGCAAGGCGGUGGCCUUUGCAGCAGGAGCGCACAACCUGCACGGGCUGGACAUCUCCAGCGGCCAGCUGUGCACCUUGAGCCUUUGGCUGACCCCCGACGCCUCCAGAGCUUCUCGCGUUUUGGAAGCAGCGACAGACGAGCUCGAGGAGCUAUGAUCCUCUGAGAAAGCUUUCCGCAAGCUGUACGGCCAGCUCUGCGCCCUCCUGGACACCGGGCAAGACAGCCAUUGCCGCUUGCACCGCUGAGCCAUGAGGGGGCUCCGAGACCGCAAAGCGCAGAUUGGCCCAGGACGACGACUUCCCCAGACGCGGAGCGACCCGGCCUGCAUCGCUGAUUGUACAACUGAGCGGCGAAAGGCUUGCCGAGGCAAGGAGG